GGGUCGGGUGACUUGGUUCGGGUUCAAUAAUGGAGCCGUGCACCGUUAUCUUGAAUUCACUUGUUCAUUCAUUCUUCAUGAUUCUAUUGCUAUUAGCCAAGACUACUGGGUCUUUUUGUCAGAGGAGAACUUCUACCUUUAUUUCCUUCCUUCUUCUUUCCCUCUAUAGUUUGGUACCACCGACUUUACCUCCAACCACAGAAUCGCUUUUCUAUUGGUCGAUGUUGCUUAUGAGCAGAUUUUGUUUAUGUUUUGAUGGUUAGAUUUCUACUGUGGAUAUGUGAUUGUUGAACUUAAAACUACAUUAUGGAUGAAGAAUUGGUCGAUGAGGCAACCCAAUUGGUGGUUGCUGAGGAUUCACAGCGCCAGAACAAAGAUUCACCACACACGGAAUGCCGAAAAAUCUUACAAUCUCAAGAAGCCCGUAUUCCUGUUAAGCAUGACUACUCGCAGUUACCACCUCGGGAAUACGAUGGCGUUCUACAUGGUAAAAGUAUAGUUGAAGGUAUUGACCACGCAGAUACAUCACAGCAUCCUGGUGUAAGCCUUUUUAUGGAUGACGGUGAUGCUAUGGUUGAAGAAUUAACAGUCAAAAGUUACAAUGGCUCAAGCUUGGAUAUUGGUACAUCAAACAACCGAGGGCAAACGUAUACUUGGCAGAACCAUAGGCAGAAUUUAUAUCAGGUAGCAAGUAAUUCCGGAAUUGGAAAUUCACUAAGUGAUAUCGGAACUAGAAACAGUGUCCAGGCCACAUCCAGUGGUCGGGAGGAUAUCGGGUCCUCAUCUUUCCCGGAGAUACUGGCUAGAAAAUCUCUCAGUGAUGGCCAGAGCAAUGUCAUGGAGCACUUGGCAGCUGCUGAAAAUAAAGAGGGUGCAGGUGAUGUUCGUCAAGGAAUACGGACAAAAAUUAUAUCCCAAUCGGGAUUUGCGGAGUUUUUCAUAAAAAAUACACUGAAGGGUAAGGGUAUUGUAUAUAAAGGUCCGUCGUAUGAUGCCUUCUGUGCGCAGUCUAGAGAGCAAAACCGGAUGAAGACUAACAUUGGCACUGAACAGAAUCAGAUGAGGACCAGCAUUGGCACAGAGCAGAAUCAGAUGAGAACGGGCAUUGGCACAGAGCAGAAUCAGAUGAGGAGAAGCAUUGGCACAGAGAAGAAUCAGAUGAGGAGCAGCAUUGCCACUGAUCAGAAUCAAACUAGGACCAGCAUUAGCACAGAUCAGAAUCAGAUAAAGAUUGGCGUUGGCACAGAUCAGAACCAGACGAAGACUAGCAUUGGCACAGAUCAGAAUCAGAUGAAGAAUAACACUGGUACUGAUCAGAAACAGAUGAAGACUGGUAUUGUUACUCACUUGAACUCUAAUCAAUCAGUGGGCUCUGGUUCCAAAACCCCGAAGUUUUCUUCUUAUUUUGGUGCUAUGGCUAGAUCUGGCAAGUCUGAAUGUAAUGGUGUGACUUUGAGAGAAUGGCUGAAACAUGGGCACCAUAAAACUAGCAAAGUGGAAAGUUUGAAUAUAUUUAGGAAGAUUGUGGAUUUGGUGGACAACUCUCACUCUCAGGGAGUUGCAUUGCAUAAGCUAUGUCCAUCUAAUAUUAAAUUGUCGCCAUCGAACCAAGUCAUGUACCUUGGUUUACCUGUUCAAAAAAGAAUGGUGGAUGGUGUUGUAAAUUCUGAAGUUGUCCACGUAGAUAGUUCUGUUAUUAGAAAAAGGCAGUCAGAGCAACUAACAUCUCCCUCUCAUGGAAUGGGGUCAAAGAAGCAAAGGCUUAAUGAGAAUUUGAGGGUUACUGGUGGUGACUUGGGUCUUGAAACUGCAAGUGAUAGGAAACUUCAUAGCGGAUCACUAGAUAUUUACAAUGAAUAUGAGGAAGAUACUCAAUUUUCUAAAUAUAACAUUGGAAGAAUGUCUAGCAUUCCUCAUAUAUCUAAUGCUGGUCAAAUUCCAUUGACUUCUUGUGAAAAAUUUGAAAAUAAAUGGUACACAAGUCCCGAGGGAGGUUACACAACAUCAUCAAAUAUAUACUGUCUUGGUGUCCUCCUUUUUGAGUUACUUGGUCAUUUUGAGUCUGAAAGAACGCAUAUUGCAGCAAUGUCUGAUCUUCGACAUAGGAUUCUUCCUCCAAUUUUCCUAUCAGAAAACCCUAAGGAAGCUGGCUUUUGUCUUUGGCUGCUGCAUCCAGAACCGUCAUCACGUCCAACAACAAGGGAAAUUCUUCAGUCUGAAUUGAUUAAUGGAUUGCAAGAGUUCUUUAGUGAGGAACUGUCAUCAAGUAUUGACCAAGAGGAUGCAGAAUCGGAAUUGUUAUUGCAUUUCCUUCUUUUGUUAAAAGAGCAGAAGCAGAACAAUGCUUUCAAACUGGCAGAGGAAAUCAAGUGCUUGGAAUCAGAUAUAGGAGAGGUGGAGAGGAGGCACGACUCAAGAAAUUCCUUGGUUUCCUCUGGCUUGCAGAAUGAUUACUCUUGUCAGAGAGAGAUUAUGCCUCUUAGGAUGGAAUCUUCAAGUUUAGAAAUGCUGCCCUCAAUAUCCCCAAACUCUAAUUCAAAUGAAGUGAGAUUGAUGAGAAAUAUAUGCCAUCUUGAAAGUGCUUAUUUUUCCAUGAGAUCCAAACUUCAGCUUUCUGAAACAGAUGCCUCAACUCACCCUGAUAAAGAUGUACUAAGAAAUCGUGAGAACUGGAGCGUGGCCCAAAAAAGUGAGGAACAACCUAAAAGGAAAGAUACUUUAGGGACAUUCUUUGAUGGUUUGUGCAAGUAUGCACGAUAUUCCAGGUUUGAAGUGCGCGGUGUACUAAGAAAUGCUGAUUUUAACAAUCCUGCAAAUGUCAUUUGCUCUUUAAGCUUUGAUCGGGAUGCAGAUUACUUUGCCUCGGCUGGGAUAUCUAAGAAAAUAAAAAUUUUUGAGUUUAGUGCACUUUGCAAUGACUCUGUUGAUAUCCAUUAUCCUGUGGUUGAGAUGUCAAACAGAUCAAAACUCAGCUGUGUUUGCUGGAAUAACUAUAUUAAAAACUAUCUUGCGUCUACAGAUUAUGACGGCAUAGUGAAGUUAUGGGAUGCAAGUACAGGUCAAGAAUUUUCUCAAUUCACUGAACAUGAGAAAAGGGCGUGGUCUGUUGACUUCUCUGUAGUAUGCCCCACGAAAUUUGCCAGUGGAAGUGAUGAUUGCACUGUCAAGCUGUGGAGCAUCAGUGAGAGGAACUGUUUAGGCACAAUCAGGAAUGUUGCUAAUGUCUGCUGUGUUCAAUUCUCUGCUCAUUCCUCCCAUUUGCUGGCCUUUGGAUCUGCGGAUUACUCAACAUAUUGCUAUGAUCUUCGCAAUCUUAGAAGUCCCUGGUGUAUAUUGGCUGGCCAUCGUAAGGCCGUGAGCUAUGUCAAAUUCUUGGACUCUGAAACACUUGUUUCUGCCUCUACUGAUAAUACAUUGAAGAUCUGGGAUCUCAAUAAAACCUCUCCUGUGGGUGCAUCCACUAAUGCUUGCAGCCUAACCCUGUCAGGCCACACCAACGAAAAGAAUUUUGUGGGUCUGUCAGUGGCUGAUGGAUAUAUAGCAUGUGGUUCAGAAACAAAUGAGGUUUAUUCCUACUAUAGAUCGCUUCCCAUGCCAAUCACUUCCCACAAAUUUGGGUCCAUUGAUCCCAUUUCUGGUAAAGACACAGAGGAUGACAAUGGACAGUUUGUUUCAAGUGUGUGCUGGAGAGGGAAUUCCGACAUGCUUAUUGCAGCCAAUUCAAGUGGAUGUGUGAAAGUGUUACAGAUGGUUUAAAGGAAAGGCUCCCCAUGGCUGACUUUCUUACAGCUUUGCGAGUUCCUGGAGUGUCCUUGUUACUCAGGCACUCGGCCCUAUCCCAUGAACAUGUUGGGAGCGUAUAAAAAUUCUUUUGACAUCUUGAGCUAUGGCUUUAUAAUUUGAAGUGGAAGAAGGGCUUCAACUCGGCCAUAAUUGAAUGGAGAAAUAGUUCUGCAAUCUAAAUCCUCAUCUUUUGUGGUAGUUGGAUUCAUCAUCACGUGCAACUCGGACUCCAAACCAGAAUUUCACAUUCUCAUAUGUAGAAAAGGCUUGUUAUACUCAAAUAUCGCUGGGGUGAAUCCGAGAAGCAGAUUGAAACGAUACUAAUUUGGGUCCAAUUUAGAGAAGCUUCUCAACAAACAUUAAUUGGAGAAGAAAACAAAUCAAAUUUCUCGUAUGAGUUAAAAUCAAUUUAUGUACAUCGGUUCUUUUAAAGUUUCCUCAUUUAAUAUUUUUAAAACUGAUGUGCGUAAUUUAAUUUUAACUUUUAGUAGAAAUUUGAUUCAAAUCUCUAUCUCUUAUUGAUAGAAUGAUCUAAACUGGGCAUGAGAUUUUAGAGUUGAAAGCGUUAGUGCCAAGUUGGUUCUUAGCUCUAGAAUGUAAUCCUGUAUCUAUGCAAAGGUUAUCUGUGCCAAUGUAAAUUCUAUUGCUGUCCUUUUCAGAUUAUUUUUUAUUUAUGAAGGACUAACAACUGUACGGUUUAUAGGAAAAGUGAUUGUUUAUCAUGUGAUGAAUCAAUCUCUUAACACUAAUUAACUUCAGGUUUAUACA